ACUCUUGCGCAUGAUGAAUCACAUUUAAGAACAGCAGGUUUCAUUUAAAGCUGUCCAGUGACAGUGAAAGUGACGCGGCAAUGGAAAGCAGAAACAGAGCCCGACGGUUGGGGCAUAUCACUUUUGUCAUUAAUGUCUGCUUCUCGAAUUUGUUUUUUUUUUUUUAUUAUUUAUUUAAACAAAAUCCGUCACCGAUAUCAUGAAUAAGUGUAUAUUUGGCGUUGUGAUGAAAUAGUAUUGUAAGAUUAGGAUCACAAAAGAUUUUAUUAAUUGCAAAGAGACAGGAAAUAUUUAGCACCAAAGAAAUCCAUGAUCAUCUUUUAUUACCUGUAUUGUUCCAUCAUCAUUAUUUAAAGGAAAAAAAAAGAAGAAAAAGAGUCUGGCUGGCUAAACUCCACAGAAGAAUAGCAGCUGCAUCGAAAGCAGAAUCAAAGCUCGUGAUUGGAGAAAAGAAGAAGGAAAGAGGUCAACACCAACACCGGUUCUUGAAGAAGAAGAUGAUGAUGAGCCACCAUAGACUACAAUAGACACGAGCUCCACAUUAUAACAAGGAGGAGGAGGAGGAGGAGCCAUGAAAGGAUUUCUUUUAGUCACAAUCUUGGUGUUGCAUCAGUGCACGUUGGGUCAGCAAGAUUUCUUCAAGUCAAGAAUUGAACGGUCGGCAUUGCUUGAUCUCCGGUCGUCGUUGGGGAUAAGAAGCACAGACUGGCCGAUAAAAUCCAACCCCUGCAAGAAAUGGACAGGAAUCCAGUGCAGAAACGGGCGGGUCACUGGGAUAAAUAUAUCCGGGUUUAAGCGGACUCGGGCCGGGCGUUUAAACCCCAGUUUCAGUGUUGGUUCUUUGGCUAAUUUGACUUUCUUGGAGUCUUUUAAUGCUUCAGGGUUUUCACUUCCUGGUUCAAUUCCGGAUUGGUUUGGUUACCGGCUUGGUUCUUUGAAGGUUUUGGAUCUCCGGUCUAGUUCAGUUACCGGGCCGAUUCCUGCUUCGCUUGGUAAUUUAACUGGACUCAAUGCUUUAUAUCUAGCUAAUAAUGAUCUUGCUGGUAGUAUGCCUGCUGCAUUGGGGCAGUUAAUGCAAUUAUUAGUUCUUGAUCUUUCAAGGAAUUCACUUACUGGGCUAAUUCCAAAUGAUUUUGGAUUUCUUAGAAAUCUAUCAUGCCUUGACCUUUCUUCGAAUCACUUUUCUGGAUCCAUACCAUCUACUUUUGGUAGUAUUUCUGGGCUGCAAUUCUUGAAUGUAUCUGAUAAUAGUCUUGUGGGUUCGGUGCCUGUUGAAUUGGGCAAUCUUUCUCACUUGGUUAAGCUUAAUCUUGGUGUGAAUGUGUUAUCCGGGUCGUUGCCUGUAGAGUUUAGGCGGUUGAGGAAUUUGGAAAUGUUGGUGUUGAGGCAUAAUAGAUUGGAGGGUAGAUUGCCUGAUGGUUUGUUUUCGAGUCUUGGUAAAUUGAGAGUUUUGGAGUUGAGAGAGAAUAAAUUUGAUGGUGCUCUUCCCGGUGCGUUGUGGUCGUUGCGGAAUUUGCAGGUUCUUGAUGUUUCUGCUAAUAAUUUUACAGGUGAUUUGUCAAACUUUAGUUUCAAGGGUCAUGCCAGUGGUGCUGUGUUUAAUCUUUCGAACAAUCAGUUAUAUGGAACUACGGCUUGUUUAUCUGGUAACUAUACUUCCAUUGAUUUGUCUGGUAAUUAUUUCCAAGGAAAGGUUCCUCGUAUUAGUCCAAGCAAUGGUAGCCUUGACAUGAACUGCCUUCAGGCGGUCCCUGAUCAGAGAAGGUUGGAGGAUUGUAGUUUGUUUUAUGCUGGGAGAGGCUUAACUUUUGAUUAUUUUGGAAAUCCAGAACCAAGACAGCAACUGUUACCAACUCCUGCCCCAAGGAGACGCAAACAAUGGAUAUACAUUUUGGUGGUAUUGCUUGGUGGAGUUGGUUUCCUUGCGUUUUUUAUACUGGUGAUAGUAUUGGUCCUUAGGAAGUGUAAUUAUGCCAUUUCAAAUGAAAGAGGAAGCGCAGAUGUAGGGCCUGUUCCAGAGGGAGAUAGCCCACCACUUCCUAAGGAUCCUACUAGCGUAUCUAGUCUGGGAGAGUCAUUUACAUACGCACAGUUGCGCAGUCUGACUGGUGAAUUUAGUGAAAGAAAUCUCAUUAGACAUGGUCACUCUGGAGAUCUCUACCAGGGUUUUCUGGAAGGAGGAAUUCCCAUAGUUGUCAAAAGGAUCAAUUUGCAUAGCUUGAAAAAGGAUUCCUACGUGACUGAAUUAGAGUUUUUCAGCAAGUAUUCUCAUGCACGCUUGAUCCCGCUUUUGGGACAUUGUUUGGAAAACGAAAAUCAGAAGCUUUUGGUGUACAAAUAUAUGCCAAAUGGAGACUUAGCUGAAUCUUUGUUCAGGGUUACCAAUUUUGACGACAAUGGUUUGCAGUCCCUCGAUUGGAUCACGAGACUGAAAAUUGCAAUAGGAGCUGCUGAAGGCCUUUCUUACCUACACCACGAGUGUAACCCUCCCCUUGUUCAUAGAGAUGUUCAAGCGAGCAGUAUCCUUCUUGAUGAUAAGUUUGAGGUUCGACUUGGAAGCUUGAGCGAGAUUCGCAUCCACGAAGGGGAUUCACACCAAAGUGUUCUCACAAGGUUCUUGCGGAAGUCCCAAUCCUCUGUCUCUGAUCCAGGAACUUCUGGCUCGUCCCCGAUUACUUGUGCACAUGAUGUGUAUUGUUUUGGUAAGGUCUUGCUUGAGCUCGUUACGGGCAAGCUUGGCAUCAGCAAAUCAGAUGAUGCUACCACAAAAGAGUGGUUAGAACAGACGCUGGUGCAGAUCAGUUUAUAUGACAAGGAACUGGUGGCAAAGAUUGUUGACCCAUCUCUGAUCAUAGAUGAAGAUUUAUUGGAAGAGGUAUGGGCAAUGACCGUCGUGGCCAGGUCAUGCCUUAAUCCCAAACCUUCUAAACGUCCUCCGAUGAAAUAUGUUCUCAAAGCAUUGGAAAACCCUCUGAAAGUGGUGAGAGAGGACAGUUAUAGCUCAGAGAGGCUGAGAACAACUUCAUCUAGGAGAUCUUGGAGUGCUGCUUUUUUUGGUAGUUGGAGACACAGCUCAGAAAAUGUCACAGUUCUAGGCCAUGCUAACCGAGAGGGGAUCAGUGGCUUAAAGCAGCCAGUGAGAGUUGGAUCUCAAGGCAGUGGUCGGAUUGAGCAUUCAUCUUCUAAUAAAAGGUUAUCCAACGAAAUUUUCCCUGAGCUGCUUGAAAUGCAAGAUAUGGAGAGGCUAGAUGAGCAUUAGAUGCCGCUGUGGUGUUCGCAAUUGUUCAUAUAUCGCGUGGGUUUCACAUUUGAGUGCUCAACAGCAUCCUUGAAUCCGUCUUGGAUGGCAUUUCAUCAAAAAUCAAAGCCAUUAAAUGAUGGUUUUCAUCUGAUGGGGUGCGUGCAAUGUGGACAACACGAGAGUGGAAGGACUUGUUUUACAGAAAUAUUCUUUAGGCUUUGUAAGCUUGUUAGUUUCGGACACAAGCUGCAAUUGAUUAUUUCUCGUAGUUCCUGAGUAUGGAAUACAGAGAUGUAAAAGAUGAGGUUUCUUUUCAAUGUUAAAAAAUAUAUAUUAAAGUUGAAUUUA